AUGCAACUACCGCACCCAGCGGCGGCGCAUUCUGCCCUACUCUCCCCCGCUAUGCCGCACAAUUUGACGCGGCACGACGGGUCCGUCAUCAAGAACCAAGGGAUGCCCACGAUGGAAGCCAUCGCUAGGUCUGGAAUUUGGGAGAACUGCAGGGCAGCGUACGAAGACAUCGUCAAACAUUUGGAGAGGUUACGAGAAGAAAGAUGUGAUCCUGAUAGACCUUUACCUUUAGACCAGAAACCACGGGAUCUCAGCCCUAGGAAUGUGUCCCCGACCGAGCACAGUCCGGUCCUGAACCUGUCCAAGAGCGGAGGCGGCAGCGCAGGCUCCCUGGAUCCCUCGGGCAGCGAGGCAGAUGGGCCGGACGCGCCCCCCUCGCCCAGGUCACCCAGCGCUGUGGCCUCGGCAAACGGUCCCAGCCAAGAGGCCAGUGUCUCCUCCACCGAGACGCUGCUAAGAAAUAUACAGGGGCUGCUGAAAGUGGCGGCGGACAACGCAAGGCAGCAGGAGCGCCAGAUCAACUACGAAAAAGGUACCAAUAGCAACAUGGUGUAUCUGUUGUCGCUGGCGCAGUACUACAUGUACCUGGCAGCCACGCAAAAGUGUUAG